GAUGGGAUGGCCCUGGCCUAUGCAUCCCAAGAACUCCAGGAUGACGAAUCCAUUGUGGAGGCCGCUACCGAAGAGAAUCCUAGAGCCUUGCAGUUCGCUUCCGACCGUUGGCGUCGGGACAAGGAGCUACUGCAGCGCAUCCUUGGGAUUGACGGCCUUGCGCUGGAGUUUGUGACUGGAGGUUUGGCCAAUGACUUCGAAGUAUGCAUGGAGGCUGUCAGCGAGAAAGGCGCAGCGCUGAUCCACUGCUCGGCUGCGAUGAGAGACAAUGAGGACAUUGUCCGAACUGCACUGGCCAGCGAUGGCAUGCAACUUUUGAAUGUCUCCAGUCGGCUGCGAGAGGAUCGCGAAUUGGUUAAGCUUGCGGUGGACAGGAUGAGGCUGCAUGAGAUGGCUGCCAUGCUCCACAAGGUGCCGCCUGGAUCCGUGCCCUUCAAGGCUUUAUCUGCGGGUUGCGAUCACACGUGCGUGGUGAAAGAGGAUGGACGCCUAGUGUGUUUUGGUUCCCUUUAUUCUGGACAAUGUGAUGUACCUACAGGCAUGGGGCCUGUGGUAACCGUUUCUGCUGGUUGCAAUCACUCCAGCGCCGUAUGCUCGAAUGGGCACUUGACCUGCUUCGGUUCCAACAUGGCAGCACAACUGGAGAUCCCUGGAAACUUGGGGCCGGUAGUUGCCGUCUCGUCGGGCUGCCUGCAUACCUGCGUGGUGAAGCCAAAUGGGCAGCUGGUGUGCUUCGGGGAUAACAGCGCUGAUCAAUGCAGUAUUCCAGAUGGCAUAGGCCGGAUGAUGACAGUCUCAGCUGGCUGCGAUCAUACGUGUGCGGUGGCAACUAGUGGGCAACUGGUCUGCUUUGGCUCCAACCUUUGUGGCCAAUGCAACGCACCGGAGGGCUUGGGACCUGUAAAUUGUGUUUCUGCGGGCUGCAAGCACACCUGUGCUUUGCAGGCUGAUGGACGGUUAGUGUGUUUUGGAUCCAACUUGGAUGGUCAACUUGAUGUUCCGGAAUCCUUGGGUCGAGUGACCGCAGUUUCAGCUGGCUUUGAUCACACCUGCGCAUUGACUUCUGACGGCCGCUUAGUUUGCUUUGGAGACAACAGCGCAGGCCAGUGCGAGGUACCCACAGGCUUGGGGUUUGUGGUGGCUGUUUCUGCCGGCCGUGCGCACACCUGCGCUCUCACGGCAGAUGGGCAGCUGUUAUGUUUCGGGGAAAAUGACGUGGGACAAUGUACUGUCCCAGUCGAAGUAGCACAAAGCGGCUACUCUUCUGCACGCUGCUGA